CAACCACCCUGUGAUUAUAAGAGGGAAUUUGGUUAUGUAGCGUUGUCCAACAUUUUGGGCAGGAAAGUCUAGGUAUCCAUUUUAACUUUUUUGCUUUUGUCAACUUAUUCCAGCUCGUACAGCUUCGCUAACUUGGUUCCUUCCUGCACCAUUAACUCGAGUAUGGUAAUCUCAUUUUCCUUCCAUCCAUACAAGAUGUGACGUGUUGUCAUUAAAAGGUUUUUUAAAAUAGAAAACGCCACCAUCGAAAUAAUUUAAAAAAAGUCCAAGUUUUGAAAUUAUCUAACACUCACAAACGGUCACAUGAGCAAGACCUCUUCCUCAGCGUGACAACUUUUAAACCAAAGCUCUUCUCUCACACUACAUAUCCCGCGCCUUUCUACCCGUUUUUUUGCACUCCCCAAGUCCCUACUCUCAGUCAAAACCCCCCCACUGAGCUUACUUUCACACCCUAAAAACUCUAAUGGAGAAUUGCGGAAAAUAUCCAUUGAAGCCGUGGAAGAAAGGUCCAACAAGAGGCAAAGGUGGUCCUCAAAACGCCAUGUGUGACUACCGAGGGGUCCGUCAAAGAACAUGGGGCAAAUGGGUGGCAGAAAUAAGGGAACCCAAGAAGAGAGCAAGACUAUGGUUGGGUUCUUUUGCUACGGCGGAAGAAGCUGCCAUGGCCUACGAUGAGGCUGCAAGGAGAUUGUAUGGACCAAGUGCUUAUCUUAAUCUACCCCACCUUCAGUCAAACUCUAGUCCUCCCAACAAAUCACAGAAGUUCAAAUGGAUUCCUUCCAAUAACUUCAUCUCAACGUUUCCUUCUUGUGGGUUGCUUAAUAUUCAUGCACAGCCUAGUGUUCAUGUCAUCCAUCAGCGACUCCAAGAACUCAAGAACAACAGGCCCAUCAAUCAAUCCUCUGUUGCUUCUAGCUCUUCUUCCUCUGAAUCCAGAACUGAAGUUAUUGUAGGUGAUGAAAACCAUGUUGCAAAUGUUUCUGCAGCAGAGAAAGAUGAGGAGAUAUCAUCAGAGAAGAUGCCGCUAACAAAUCGUGACGAGAAACCACAGAUUGAUUUAAACGAGUUCCUUCAGCAGCUGGGCAUACUGAAGGAAAAGAAUCAGCCAGAUAACAAUGAUGUCGAUGAACAUUUCAUGGAUCCAGAAUCUUCACAAAAAGAUCAAAACGAACUUACAGUCUUAGCAGAAAAGAGUUUCGAUUGGGAUUCACUAAUUGAAAUGCAUGGGAUUGCUGAUCAUCAUGGGGAGGAAUCUAAUAGUUUCCCAGUUUAUGACAUCCAAAAAGAGCUGGCUUUCCCAACUUCCAUUUGGAACUUCUAGGAGGAUAAAAUGAUUUAGGAAGAAUGAAAGCUAACUUUGCUGCCUACUUGUUUGGAACUAGGAUGUUUGUUUUCACUUGAUUAGGCCAUACUGUAGUUGCUCUAGAUCUACUGCCGUUGAAUUGCUCUGUGAUAGUAGUUAGUCAUUUCCAUUGGCAGCAUAGAUCAGAAUAGAAAGCAUUUGACCUUACCACAGAGAGAGCGAGGGAGAGGAGGAGGAGGAUGCUUGCUGUAUAAGUUAUAGUAGCAAGAGUUGGGUAGAGGGAAGUUCACUGUUGCAAUGAUAGUAGCAUUUCACCAGGUUUCUUUUUGACCCGUGGCUGAUGUGAACUCUCAUCAAAUGUUUUGUUCAGCUGAUUUUGGCUGCGCCAGGUUUAUUAGUGCUUCUGUAAUUUUGCUGGCUUUACAACAUGGGGAAUUCACAGGGAAGCAUGUUACAAGAUCAUUGAUAGACAAAAUAAUCUUGAGGCAGAUUUUCCACAUUCGCGGUUCUAUGCUUUAGCAGACCUUCACAGUUUAUUAUAAUAAAUUGAUUAACAAGCCCUCUCAUUCUCUGUGCUCACAUGCAGGAUCAAACCUAAAAAUAUGUCUAACUUGUGAGGCAAGAGAAAAAACCAAAUGAGCUUAGUAGUCAGGA